UCCCACAGCGACAUGAACCUGCUGUAUCGUAAGAGCCGGUUGGACUGGAGGCAGAGAGACCAAGAGGGAAGUAAAAAGAGCUCCACGCAAAAUGACCCCUCAGCUACUGUUGGCAAAGUCAGAGACCUGGCUUCUUUCCGACGGCACUUCCGAAUGGGUUUCAUGACCAUGCCUGCCUCCCAGGACCUGUCCCCUCACUCCUGUGCCUCUGCCAUGGCGCCGCGCUCGCAGUCCUGCCACGCUGUCGGAGCCGGAGAUACAAGUCUAGAGAACGGAGAUUACUCAGACACCCAAUCUCAACACGGCGGCCGCUGCCCUCCAGCCAAACCCAAACGCCACCCCAGUACUCGCCUGAGCUCCUCGUCUGCUGACAGCAGAGGACCUCCUCCUGAGACACCACCUCCCCCUCCACCCACUCACUCCCAGGCAAAACACUCAGAGAAGAAGAAUGCCAUGAAGAAGUCUGACUCUGGAGAGAUUGGAACAAAGAAGGUGCCUCCUUUAAAGCCCAAGAGAAGUCCCAGCACCCAGCUUUCCUUUGACCCUCUUCCUCCACGUGUGCCUCCUUCUGCCACAUCAAUGCCCUUUCAGGCAUCAGACUCUCAGAUUCAGACAGGAGAUGGGGAUGAUGAGCCAGUCUAUAUUGAAAUGGUGGGCCAAGUGUUCACCAGAGACAGUCAGACGGCCACACCCCACCCUGUAACCCCUGUGGCCACAACACCGGACUCUGACUCAGACCAGAGUGAGGCAAUCUAUGAGGAGAUGAAAUACCCAAUGCAGGAGGACAGGGAGUCCCACAGACACCUCCCUUCCAAACACGAGAAACUGAAAACCUCUAAACACUUUCAUGUGACACCUUCUUCUGCCAGCAGCUCCUCUUCGCUGCCACGCCCAUCUUCUUCUUCCCCUUCCUAUUCCAAACCCAAAGCUACUGUAUCAAUCUCCCAUUCAUCUCCUCUGCCUGCCUCUGCAUCCUCCACCCCAGUGCCCCAGGUCCUCUCUGCCAGCCCCCACACGCCACGAGCUCCUACACCCUAUCUGCUGCAAGGGAAUAAAUCGGAGCAAGAAUCAAACACAAAGAUCCCAGCGCCUUUCCCCAACCUUCUACAGCACCGGCCCCCGCUGCUCGCCUUCCCUCAGCCUGCAGCAGCCUCCAGCGGGGUCGGGGUGCAGAACAAGUCAUCUGCUUCCACUAAAAUGGGAACUCAGACAUCAAGCGCAACAACGCAAGCGAGCACCUCUUCCUCUGCCUCUUCUAAUAUUCCUGUAUCCCUGUCGGGCUCCAAGGAAUCAUCAGGAGGAAGUGCAGCGCAGCAGGACAAGCACAGCAGAGACUCCCAGUUAGGCCCAGCUCCUGGACUGAGAGCCAGGAGUCACUCCACGCCCCUUCCUCCUUCCUCUAAAUCCACCUCCCCCUUUUCCCAUCACCAUCAUCACCCUCACCAUCGCCCCUCACACUACCAUCACUAUCGGAAGCCAGAAAGAGGAGAUUCUCCUGCGCCGACCAAGAGCAGCUCCCAGGCUUCUAACCAGGCCACAGUCCAGACACAAACCUCAAGUACAGGCAAGGAGGGCAAGUCAGUUAGCUUCCUCCUGAAGUCUGAUAAGGGUGAGAAGGAUAAAGACAGGGACAAGGACAGAGACAGGGACCGAGACAGAGAAAGGGAUAGGGGUAGAGGAGACAGGGACAAGGAAAGAGACAGAGACAAAGAGAGAGACAAGGACAGAGAUAGAGACCGGGAUAGAGAUAAGGAAAAGGACAGGGAAAGAGACAGAGACAGAGAAAGGGAUCGUGAUAGGGAAGGAGGUCCACACUCUUUACAGUUGGACAUCACUACCAGCACGAGCAGCCAAACGCCUCAAAGCAGCACCAGCUCAACCCCCACGCCAUUAUCCUCAUCCCAGCGUCCUCACUCUCGCCCACACCUCCGUUCUCACACGCCUCACGGCCUUCCAGCAUACAAGCCGCCCUCCUCGGACAGCCCCUUGCUAUGGACCUACCCCUCCGGUGGCUUCAGGAGGCCCCCGGCUUAUGAGAGCUUGAGAGGCAGCUCUCAGACUCCAUCUCUGCAGCAGCCCUCGAGUCUUACUGGUAUUGGUGAAGUUGCGUCCAAGAGCAAUGGAGGGUCUGCAUCCCUUCAGUCUAAAGUUGGCUUCAUGCCUUGGGACAGCAGUGCCAGUUUAUCUGCCGAUGACGGGACUUACUGGCCUAUGCAGAGGAAAUUGUCCUUCAGUCACGGCAGCAGAGAGACAGAGAAGGAUGAAGGGCGGGCAUGGAACGGUAGUGCUGAUGCCCUGUUAAGGACGGACAAGGAAGAGCUUGGAAUAGGGUCUCGGGGAGGCCAUUCAGGCAUCCCAGUCCACUUCAGUGGGUCCACAAGCAGGGCUCUUGGACACAGUGAGUCACUGGCUGGUGUUGACAGCAGCCUAGGAUUCAGAGCUCUGCCCAGGGUAGGGCUGCCUCUUCCCUGCCAGACCUUUCCUGCUUGUCGCAAUGGAGAAGUGGGGCGGCUGGGUCGCUCCUCCUCUGCUGCUGGAGUGAGACAGGUGGGUGGAGGAGACGUUCAGAGACAGAGCAGUCUACCAGCACGAGAAGCCCUGAAUCAGCUGCAUAGUUUGGCCCAGCCUCAAGUACCCUGCAGUCCCAGCAGUCCCAGUGGUCCCGGUGUGUCACGGCAGCAGCAGCAGCAGCUUCAGCUUCACCACCAGCAGCUGCAGUUAAAGCAGCAGCUUCAGCAGCUUCAGCAACAGCACCACCUGCAGCUGCAGUUCCAACAGCUCGCCCAGUUGGCACAGGGACAACCUGUUGUCAGUGGGGGCACCACCCCAUCCACAUCGCAGACCCAGAGAGACGGAAAGCUGCUGGAAGUCAUUGAGCGUAAGCGCUGCCUUUGCAAAGAAAUCAAGGCACACAGGCGUCCUGACAAAAGCUUGUUCAAGCAGGACAGCAUGCCCAUCCUCCCUAGCUGGAGACGGACACCUGAACCUCGUAAGACUGGCACACCUCCCUGCCAGAGGCCACAGGCCGUUGUGUGGGACACAGCUAUCUGACGCGGAAGUCAAGCCAGCGAGUACGGCACCAGAAGAGAUGAGCUGAAGAUGGCAGAAUUAUGAAUGAGAGUAAAAAUGGAUAUAGAAACUAGAAAAUUCUUUAAAUGGCUUUGGUGAUAUAAUUACCACCAGGGAACGGGAAACUAUGGACCAAGAACAAAACCCUUGAUAGCAUUUUUAUUGUGUGAUAAACUGAUCUGUGAACAGUAACUGAUGAAGGGUACUGGAGACUCUGAACCCAUCUGGGGGGAAAAAAACAAAAAAAUGCUUAUCAAGAGGUGAAGAAUAAGAAGUAUUACAAUCAAACUACAUGAAUUUCUUACAAAUUGGAUUUGUAUCUGCUCUGUAUUAUGUAGUACACUAUGUAAAUGUGUUCUAAUUGCCAAUGUUUUUUGCCACAAAACACCAGUAUUAUUGCUACAAAAGGAAGACGCCAACUAACUAAUAAUUAGCGGGUUGUUUUCUGAAGUCGGUGUUGCCAAAUUUCUUCCUGACUACUUGAUACAUAAAUUGUGUAUUUUCGCCAACAAGCAGGUGUCCAACACGCUUAAAAACUACUCUGUGGAUGAGAAAAGGCAAGACUCAUAGAUAAGUUGCUGAAGUGUUUCUUGAAAUUGUGAAUGUAUAUGAGAUGUCUUGGUAUCAAUAGAUUGUCAUUGUGGAUGCAAAUAAUCAUCACCGAGGAGUAAAAGCUACCUACUGUAUCUGUUUGCAUAUUUGUAAUGUAAAUCUAUUUACUUUCUCAACGUUUCUGCAAUUUUAUAGCAAUAUCCUCCCGACGCUGGAGCAACAUAAUUAAAACUUGUGUCAACUAGCCUACAAUACAUAUCUAAGACUUGAAGAAGUCAUAUUUACUGUGUCAUUCUCUGCAUGUCAUGAUAGACAUACAGUAUUGUAAAAAAAACAAAAACAAAAAAACCCCAACUGAAAUAAAAAAAUUAGUGUAGAGAUGAUCAUGGCAAACUUUUACAUACAGCAAAUCUUCACUAUGAUAACGUGUGGUUGUAUAAA